AUGGAGGCUGCCGUAGUUAAAUCCACCUGUACGACGCACCUUAUCAAGAAGGAAAGGGAAGGUGGAAUUUUUUUGACAAAACAAAACCAUUCAUUCUCCGAUCCCCACAGUUUCACCGCCGCCAUGUCUCCGUCUGUCGGAGUCAACGUCCCCCUGCUGGGGGAAUCCAACGGAACGCCUCCGCCGGCGUCCGUUCCCGGCGCGGUGUUCAACGUGGCGACGAGCAUAGUCGGUGCCGGAAUCAUGUCAAUUCCGGCGAUCAUGAAGGUUCUCGGAGUGGUUCCUGCUGUCGCCAUGAUUCUCGUCGUGGCCGUGCUCGCGGAACUCUCCGUCGAGUUCCUCAUGCGCUUCACGCACACCGGCGAAACGAAGACGUACGCUGGCGUCAUGAGGGAAGCGUUCGGAUCGCCGGGAGCGUUGGCCGCGCAAGUUUGCGUCAUCAUCACCAACGUUGGGGGCUUAAUUCUCUACCUUAUCAUCAUCGGGGAUGUACUGUCUGGAAAGCAUAAUGGAGGUGAAGUGCAUUUGGGUAUUUUGCAACAGUGGUUUGGAAUUCAUUGGUGGAAUUCCCGGGAAUUUGCUCUUCUCUUCAUUUUGGUGUUCGUCAUGUUUCCAUUGGUAUUGUACAAACGUGUAGAGUCCUUGAAGUACAGUUCUGCAGUGUCAACUCUUCUUGCUGUGGCAUUUGUUGGUAUAUGUUGUGGGUUGGCAAUUCUUGCUCUGGUGCAAGGAAAAACACAAACUCCUAGAUUGUUUCCUCAGUUGGACCACCAAACCUCUUUCUUUGAUCUGUUCACUGCAGUUCCUGUUGUUGUCACAGCGUUCACAUUUCAUUUUAAUGUACAUCCAAUUGGGUUUGAGCUUGCCAAGCCAUCUCAAAUGACAACAGCAGUUCGAUUAGCAUUAUUGCUUUGUGCUGUGAUCUACAUUACAGUAGGCCUAUUUGGGUACCUCUUGUUUGGGGAUUCAACCCAAUCAGACAUUCUCAUCAAUUUUGACCAGAGUGAUGAUUCUGUUGUUGGUUCCUUGUUCAAUAGUUUGAUCCGUGUAAGCUAUGCACUCCACAUCAUGCUGGUGUUUCCCCUCUUGAACUUCUCUUUGAGAUCCAACAUAGAUGAAGUUCUCUUCCCCAAAAAGCCUAUGCUAGCCACAGACAACAAAAGAUUCAUGAUCCUCACGCUGGUGCUGCUUGUAUUCUCCUACCUUGCUGCUAUAGCAAUCCCAGAUAUUUGGUACUUCUUUCAGUUUCUUGGAUCAUCAUCUGCAGUGUGCCUUGCCUUCAUUUUCCCGGGCUCUAUUGUUUUACGGGAUGCAUAUGGUAUAUCAACAAAAAGGGACAAAAUUGUGGCACUGAUAAUGAUUAUACUAGCUGUGGUGACAAGUGUGCUUGCCAUUUCCACCAACAUAUAUAAUGCUUUUAGUAGCAAGUCAUAA